GUUCAGUUCAAAUCGUUGCGUCUUCCACCAUCAAAACGCUCAAACUUUACCUUUCAUAAGUUACCUGUACCUAACCCGAUGUUGAAACCGUAAUAUAAUUCCUUUUUUAUUCUUGUCAAAUGGUUAUCUCUAAAGAUAUGAACCGGAAGUAUUCAACUUCAAUAGAUACACGGCCUCAUUGCUUCUCAACAUGGCUACGCAUUAUCCCCUCAACGGUAUCGACCUGGAUUUUACCAAAUAUGAGCAUAGGUCUAUAUCCGAUCGCGAGGUCAUAGUCAAUCGGAUUAUGCAGGAAUAUAUGUCACCAGAGAGUGUGAAAGCAGCUGUCUAUAACAAGAGAUAUCAAGAUGCCAAAUUCAAUCAAAUCAAAAGUCGCGAUCGAGAACUCGGCCUUGAUAUGUAUCUUCUAUAUAGGAUGCUUAGGACUGAUAGCAGCUCGUCCUUCGUCGGAGCAGAACUACAGCGCCUCUACUUGCCCUCUGCUGGCAUAUUCAUUGACGCUCUAAAUUACUACCCGUUACCCGAACCUGAGGUCACUAUUGGCAAGGUUACGUUGGGGCUUAUAGAACAGUAUUAUCUCGAAUCCGAACCUUCUAUGCGCGCUUGGCUUGGCCAUCACUACCGUUCUCACCCAGACUUAGUACCCAAACACAAGUCCGGCUGGACAAAAGAUAUGAAAGAGCACGUCAAAAGUUACAGGCCAUUUUCAAGAACACAUUACCGUUAUUCUUUGUUUUCCGGCGGCCACCACCUAAGAAUCAGCACCUCUUCUAAUGUCGAAUUUUCUAUCGAUCCUCAGUUUAUUAGCACGCGGUGGCUCGGCGUUCUAAUAAGUCGGCAUUCCUCUAACCCAUCACGAGCAUGCAACCACUCUAAAAGUCCGGCCAAACCCUUUCAUUCCGUCAAUACAUUAUGUGUGCGUCGAGGGAAGCCUCAACGGUCUAGCAGUCUACCUCCACCUGAUUCGUGGAAGACGGUAGCUUUAAAUACCAAAGACUGGAAGAGGGACCUCGAAGAUGGAUGGAUCAUCUACUUCCCUCGACGCCCUCUGUCUGAACUUGAUAAACUAUCACGCCGUAGAAGCUUAAGCCGAACUCACAUCCGAGCAAUGUUCACUAAUAAACCCAAAGUGUUUGAGAAGAAGUCUACGCAGAAACGGGUCCAGGGGCAGAUUAGGAAUCCGUGUGCUAACUGUUCCCAGCAUAGUAGUCAUCGCUCUUCAGCCUGCCCCUUAGCAUGUGGUUAUUGCAACUCGUCGUUCCACAAGGCAUAUGCUUGCCCAACCAAGGCGAGCAACCGAUGUAAAUGCAUGCCCUUCCCACAAUACCACACAGUUUUCGAGUGUCAAAUUAAGUGCAGCCGAAAGUGUGGAUGUCCAAAUUUCCCAGGUUCAGGCCAUCACAAGAACGCCAUGCUUUGCUCCUAUCGUUGCUGCAUGUGCGGUGCCAAGGGUCACUCAGGAAGAAAAUGCUCCUUGAAGAAAUGUCCGUGCGGAGGGGAUCAUCUCACUCAAGACUGUCGAUGGAAGGUUGAGUGUCCCGCCAAAGAUUGCAAUUUCUACCUAUGUCAUCUUCAUUGCAGAGAAUGCGGAAAGAAGAAGGAUAAAACUUCAAAAGAACACUUUGUCGGCAGAACCUGUCAAGACUGCUUGAGGAAUGGUAAGCCAGUCUUGGAAAAGGUCGCAUCAGAGUAACAAAAUUGGCUCGGCAAACGUUGCGACUACACCUCAAACCCUUAGAGAGUCCGGAAUGAUUAUCCGCUGGCGAUAGUUGAUAUCGUAAGGGUAAGCGAAGUGACUAUGUUUCUACGCAACCUACUAGUAUAUAAACACAAGCGAAUAUAACUCCUCUAGCGGUAUAUCAGUAUUGGAAUAAUCUGCAGAGUAAGAUAGUAUAAGUACCAGGUUAUAUAUGCUCAGAAUUGCGCUAGAGUGUUGCAACCAAGACUGGAACAAAUCCUAUGGCAGUGCGUUGUUAAAGAGGCCUCCAUAUUUCAAGUAUAUAAACAUAACUUAAGCGUAUACUCCAUUAUGUAUUGCUCAUGCUGCG